UGUUCAACCGGAUAUUGAUCUCAGAUUGCCACCUUAGACAAAAUAAUCUUUUCCAUCUGUUUUGGAGUCAAUUUUGCACGCAACAUUAAACCUACCUUCCAUAUCAUCAUAUACACACGUAUAUAUAUUUCUGUUAGUCACCUUCUAUUCAUCAACACACACAAACAUAUUAUACGAGAAUACCAGAUAGCACUAGCACAAAAGAAUUUUCUGCUUCAAAUCUGUAAAUUGUUCUCAAUUUUUGAAGACUAAAGAAAGAUUCUGUACAGGAUUGAUAUAUUUCUGUUCAUAGAUGUUUACAGUUGAAUUGCUAUAAAAUAAGUCUUAUGAACUGUUCUCAGUCUUGCAGUCUAGAAUGUGUUCAAAGUGAUUUUGCAUUCUAAUUAAACCAAGACAAAUUUACAAGGAAGUUUAAAGCAUCUUCAGAUGUCCACAAAGAUCACAAUUGUUUCAAAUAUAGCAGUAGAGACAACUGUUUGGAAUAAUAUAUAAAACCAGUGAUCAAAGGAAAAUAAUUAGGGAAAAUGAAUUAUGCGAGAAACAGGCUCAAUGCCUAACAGAGUCUGAAAGAAUUGCUUUUCCCAAUAAAAUUUUGAAAGAUACAAGAAAAAUAUUGUACCACUGUGAUAUCUGUAAAAUGUCAUUCACUGAAAAAAGUAGCUUCACAAGUCACAAAUAUGUUCAUAAAGGAGACAAACCAUAUCUUUGUGAAAUCUGUAAGGAAUCAUUCACUAGAAAUAAAGACUUGACUAAACACAUGUGUUUUCAUAAACAAGAGAAACCAUAUAAGUGCGAUGUUGGUGAUACAUCAUUCUUGCAGGAAAAUAUCUUAAACAAACAUUGCAACAUUCAUACAGGAGAGAGACCAUAUCACUGUGAUAUUUGUGGUGAAUCAUUUUCUGAAAGUUGUGAGUUAACUAAACACAAACAUAUUCAUAAAGGAGAGAAGCCAUACCACUGUGAUAUCUGUGGCAAAUGUUUUUCUCAUAGUAAUGCUCUAACUAUACACAAACGCACUCAUACUGGAGAGAAACCUUAUCCCUGUGAUAUCUGUGGCAAAUCAUUCUCUCAGGCUGGUAACUUAUCUACUCAUAAACGUAUUCAUUCAGGAGGGAAACUAUAUCACUGUGAUAUAUGCAGUAAAUCAUUCUCUGAACCAAGUUACUUAGCAAAACACAAGAUCAUUCAUACAGAAGGAAAGAUAUAUCAGUGUAAUAUCUGCGGUAAAUCAUUCUCACAAAGAAAUCUCUUAACUAUACACAAACGUGUUCAUACAGGAGAGAAGCCAUAUCAGUGUGAUAUCUGUGGUAAAUCAUUCUCUCAGGCUGGUAACUUGACUACUCACAGAUAUGUUCAUACUGGAGAGAAACCAUAUCACUGUGAUGUCUGUGGUAAAUCAUUCUCUGACCCAGGUCAGUUUACAAAGCAUAAAUAUAUACAUAGAGAAGACAAGUUAUAUCCCUGUGAAUACUGUGGUAAAUCAUUCCCUCACAGAAAUUCUUUAACCAUACACAAACAUAUUCAUACGGGAGAAAAACCAUAUCACUGUGAUAUCUGUAGUAAAUCAUUUUCUCAUAAAAAUGCCCUAACUAUACACAAACGUAUUCAUACAGGGGACAAGCCAUAUCAUUGUGAUGUCUGCGGUAAAUCAUUCUCUCAGACUGGUAACUUAACUAUUCACAAACAAAUUCAUAUAGGAGAGAAACUGGAUUAUUGUGAUAUCUGUGGUAAAUCAUUCUCUAAUCUGGCUCACUUAACUUUUCACAAACGCAUUCAUACAGAAGAAAAGCCCUAUCACUGUAACAUUUGUGGUAAAUCCUUCUCUCGUAGAAAAGCCUUAAUUAUACACAUACGCAUUCAUACUGGAGAGAAACCGCAUCAUUGUGACAUCUGUGGAAAAUCAUUUGCACAAGCUGGUAACUUGACUUCUCACAAACGCACUCAUACUGGAAAGAAGCCAUAUCAGUGUGAUGUCUGUGGUAAAUCAUUUUCUCAGACUAAUAACUUAAUGACUCACAAAUUCAUUCAUAAGAAAAGGAAACUAUAUCACUGUGAUAUCUGUGGUAAAUCAUUCUCUAAUCUAGCUCACUUCACUUCUCACAAAGGCAUUCAUACAGGAGAGAGGCCAUAUCGUUGUAAUGUCUGUGAUAAGUCAUUUUAUCAUAGAACUGCCUUAAUUAUACACAUACGCAUUCAUACAGGGGAGAAGCCAUAUCAAUGUAUUAUCUGUGGUAAAUCAUUCACUCAGGCAGGUAACUUAGCUACUCACAAACACAUUCAUACUGGAAAGAAGCCAUAUUGUGAGAUAUGUAGCAAGUCAUUUUCUGACCCGGGUGACUUCUCUAAACACAAACUGAUUCAUAGAAGAGAAAAAUUAUAUUACUGUGAUAUCUGUAAUAAUCCAUUCUCUCAAAAAUAUGCCUUAACUAGACACAAACAUACGCAUAGAAGUGGGAAGCUAUAUGACUGUGAUAUCUGUGGUAAAUCCUUCUCUUGUAGAAAUUCUUUAACUAUACACAUGCGUAUUCAUGCAGGAGAGACAACAAAUCAGUGCAAUGUAUAUGAUAAAUCAUUCUCUCAAACUGAUAACUUUACUUCUCACAAACCCAAACACAAAAGAGUAGAACUAUAUUCUUGUAAUAACGGCAGUAAAUCUUUUUCUGUCCCAACUGACUUAACUACAAACAAACUCAUUCAUACAACAGAGAAGCCAUAUCACUGUGAUAUUUGUGGUAAAUCAUUUUCUCAUAGAAAUGCCUUAAUUAUACACAUACGCAUUCAUACUGGUGAGAAACCAUAUCAGUGUGAUAUCUGUGGUAAAUCAUUCUCUCAGGCAGGUAACUUAACUACUCACAAACGCAUUCACACAGGAGAGAAGCCAUAUCAUUGUAAUAUCUGCAGUAAAUCAUUCUCUGAUCCUGGCCGCUACUCAAAGCAUAAACUGACUCAUAGUGGAGGAUUGCCAUAUCACUGUAAUAUCUGUGGUAAAUCAUUCUCCUGUUGGAGUCUCUUAACAAUACACAAACAAAUUCAUACAGAACAGAAGCCAAGUCACUGUAAUGUCUGGUAAAUCAUUCUCUCAAAAAGUCUUAACUAGAUACAAAUGUGUGCAUACAGUUGAUAGGUCAUAUAACUGCAAUAUCUGUGGGAAACCCUUCUCUAACAGAAGUCAGUUAACUAAACACAAACAUAUCCACAGAAGAGAAAAGCCAUAUCAGUGUGAGAUCUGUGAUAAAUCAUUCUCUUAUAGAAAUGCUUUAACUGUGCACAGCCGUAUUCAUACAGGUGAGAAGCCAUAUCAGUGUGAUGUGUGUGGUAAAUCAUUCUCUCAAGCAGGUAACUUAAAAACACAUAAGCACAUUCAUACAGAGAGAAACCUUGUCUCAGUGGUGUCUGAGGCAAAUCAUAUUUAAACCCAGGUCAUUCAACUAAACACAAACAUAACUACACAGGAGAAAAGCCACAUGUGAAACCUGUGGCAAAUCCUUCUCGAGUAAAAAUACUUUAAUCAUUCACAAAUAGAAAAGAAGCCAUAUCACAGUGGGAUGUGGUAAAUCAUUGUCACAGAUUGUUAUCUUAACUACUCACAAACAUUCAUGUAUGACAGAAAUCAUAUCACUGUCAUACUUGAGAUACUUUCUAUCAUAAAAACGUCUUACAACGUUUUCAUACAAGAGACAAGCCAUAUCACUGUAAUAUCUGUAGUAAAUUAUUCUCUCAUCAAAGUCAUUUUUACUAAAUAUAAUUGCAUUCAUAAGGUGGGUAAUACAUGUCAAUUGUGAUAUCUAACAAAUUUUCAAACUCAAUUAAGUUAACUAAACACAAACAUAUCUAUACAAAAGAGGAACACUGAUGUUUGUGGUUAAUCAUUCUCUUAAACAGGUAGCUUAAAGAGACAAAUAUAUUCAUACACAUCAAAAUAUAACUGACAUUUGCGAUGAAUUAUCAUUGCAACAUUAUUUUGUUGAAACAUGGAUAACUACCACUGUCUGAGAUAAUAUACUAUUUAUUAACAUGUAGAUGAUUUAGAUCUCAUAUAGAAGCAGUUGUUGAAGCUGAAGGUGACUUUAUUGAAUAACAUUAUAGAAAAGAAGGUUUAUUUUUAACCUCAGAGUAUAUUUUGAUAAAUAAAGUUAUUAUCUGUUAUUAUAUAGCUGUUUUUUUUAUAAACAUCCAUCUGUCCUCAAAUAUCUUGUACACCUUGUGUCUAUACACACACAUUUUCACAUUAUGAAAUCAAUUGAAACAAAAAUUGAAAAGUGGCAGCCAAAUUUUGUUUAAUGUUUUGUUUUGUUUUUUAACUAAACCAAGAGUUUGAACCAAAAGAAAGAAAAAAUUACUACCACACAAACAAUGACAUUUUAUU